CAGCCUUGGACAGAGGUAGACACAGCGGGUAUAACACAAUGCGGUGGCGCUUCGCCCGCUGUUACUCGUCAUAACCUGCAUUGUUCUACAUCAACGCAUUUGCUAGGAAAGUCCAUGGCAUUGCGAGCGUCAGAAGUACAAAACUUUAUGUGAGCUUUAUUUAUUCGAACCUGGUUUAAGGCGACUUUCUUUUGUGAGGGAGAACGAAAAGUUGAUAUCCCACGACUACAAUACGCUCCGUUCACGCGCUCGGAUAUUAUCAACUGUUGUAAUGGGCCAUGCUGACGUACUAUGUCUUCUUUUAGGCAUAUGUGUCAUUCCAUCACACCUUGCUAGCGCUGGUAAAACAGGUACCCAAGGACUAAAUGAAAGAUGUUUAAAGGAAACAACAGUGGAAGGCUGCGAGACCAUCCUCUUGAGCUGGAGCUAUAGCAACGAGACCAGUAAAUGCGAAAAAGGCUUCGUUUGUCAUGAAUGCGUUAACCGAUUUGACACUCAUGACGAAUGCACUACUACCUGUCCAAUGCUACCGACGCAAGCAGCAAAGCCAAAGCUCGUACGAAAACAAAAACGAAGGAACUGCAGGUUUUGGCUUAUGCGUGGUGGAUCCUGCCAAGAUAUCUGGUUUGAAUUCGAGAAAAACAAGUUAGGAGUGAUGCGCCGACUACUUUAUUACACCGGCUGUCGGCAAGACAAGAAUAGGUUAUUUGAAUAUGACUUUUACAGGAAGAAAUGUCAUGAGGUCAAAAAUCGUCCGUCUGAAAGGACUCAACAGAAAGGAGGAAAAGAUGGAGCCAAAAGACGAGGACGGAAACCUACAAGUUCAGGAGAACCGAACCGAACUACAUAUGAAGUGGCUGACCAAGGCCCUCGAGCAUGAGCACGCGGAAAAGCACUGCGAAUACGUGCGUGUCAACACAUAAAAACCAUGCGCAAAACACGA